UUCUGCUUUUCCUUCUUCUUCCGUAGAUGGUGGUUUCUUGAUUCAAUUCAUAUAUUCUCAUACAAAUCUCCGCGUCAGGAAGAAGGAUUAUGGCUCCAAUUAAGCUCAACCGAUCCUCCACCUCCCACCAGGACUCCCGCAUCCUCGUCCGUGAAACCUUGCGAAUCAGCGCUAACCUUGCUUCCGCUCCUCCCUCUCUCCCCACCACCGCCCAUAAUCAUCCACCCCUCGCCCCUCCCCACUCUCCCAACUUCUCUGUUCUCGAAGAUCAAUUUCUUCAUUCCAGCUUCAGAUUGAUCUGUUGUGAGGAAAUCGAUGGCAGGAGGUGGCAGUACGUUGCCGAGAGGGAUGCUCCUGGACUCCCUCUCAAGAACAAUUCCAUUCGCGCCCUCAGUUUGCAAUCUCCUCAGCCACCUGUUGAUCAACUCAUGUCAUUUGUUCGAUCCUAUGUGGUGCCGGAAGGAUUCCCUGAUAGUGUUACCCCUUCCUAUGUGCCAUACAUGACAUGGAGAGCUUUGAAGCACUUCUUUGGUGGAGCCAUGGGUGUUUUCACAACACAAACCCUUUUGAGCUCCGUUGGAGUCUCUAGAAACACAGCUACCCCUGGUGCUGUUGCCAUCAACUGGAUUCUUAAAGAUGGUGCUGGUCGUGUUGGUAAAAUGCUUUUUGCCCGCCAAGGAAGGAAAUUUGAUUAUGAUCUAAAGCAACUUCGAUUUGCAGGUGACCUUCUCAUGGAGCUGGGUGCUGGAGUCGAGUUGGUAACUGCAGCUGUCCCUCACCUUUUUCUUCCCUUGGCCUGUGCAGCUAAUGUGGCAAAGAAUGUUGCUGCUGUAACAUCAACCUCAACUCGAACACCAAUUUACAAAGCUUUUGCUAAGGGGGAAAAUAUUGGAGAUGUAACAGCUAAAGGGGAAUGUGUUGGCAAUAUUGCAGAUCUGCUGGGGACUGGACUGAGCAUUAUGAUCUCAAAAAGAAAUCCCUCAUUAGUUACCACAUUUGCUCUCCUUUCUUGUGGAUAUGUAAUGAGCUCGUACCGAGAGGUCAAGUCUGUAGUGUUGCACACGUUAAAUAGGGCCAGAUUCAGUGUGGCAGUAGAUUCCUUCCUUAAGACGGGUCGAGUUCCUUCAUUGCAGGAGGGAAAUAUGCAGGAAAAUAUAUUAAGUUUUCCAUGGUUGAAGGAUAAGCCUGUUGUUCUUGGAUCAAGAUUUAAGGAUGCAUUCCAAGACCCACAUGCUUAUCUUGCAAUAGAGCCUCUCUUUGAGAAAGAAAGAUACAUGGUUACAUACAAUCCUUCAAAGGGUAAAGUAUAUGCAUUGCUCAAAGAUCAGGCAAAGUCGGAUGACAUUCUAAAAGCAGCAUUCCAUGCACAUGUGCUUUUGCAUUUCAUAACUUCAUCAAAUAGUGCUCAGCCUUUAUCUCAGAGGCAGCAAGAAUAUGGUCACUCAGACCUCAUGCCCAUGUCUAAGGACCUUGAGUCUCAUAUUACUGAGUCAUGUAAGAUGGUCACAACAACUUAUGGAAUAUUCAAGAGUGAAGCUGCAGAACAGGGUUGGACGAUGUCAGACUCACUUCUUAACCCAGGUCGUGCUCGGCUGCUUCAAUGUUAAAUGGAGAGUAUAAAUAAACUAUUCUGCUCAUCUGAAGUUUGGUGUUGAUUUAGAAGUUUUCAACAGACGCAAAAGCAUCAAUGUGAAACAUAUAAGUUGUAUGAGGCUCACAAAACACAAUACGGUCUAGACAGUUGGUCUGCUAGAGAUGGGCACUUUCGAUGCCAAACAUCUACUGAUGCAUUGAAGUUGACCUUUCCUCGGACGAAAAAUGUGAGAGGAUGCAGGGUCGAAGAGUUACAGUCUAGAUAAAUUGCUUGGUGUAACAUAAAUACCAAAAUAGGGAUAUACUUCUAUUUUGAUCUUUUCCAGUUUCCUUUCCUACCCACAGGCGGAGCAUUAAUUCCCUUUCUUUUCCAUUUUUGGGGAAGUGGAUUAUCGUUUACCAAUUUUGAUGUACUAUGAAUUCUGAAUGAGGAAUAUACUUUUAACGUCUUCUAAGGUUUGUUUGUGUGUGAGACUUGUCUUAUUUCUUUUGCCUCUGAUUCCAGAGGUCUAUAAUAUAUUGUGUAACAGAUG